GGCAAAACGGCACCCAUUGCAUGCCGGAGUCGCUCGGCGCACCGGGGCUGCGCAAGAGGACAACAGUGGCCAGGACCGGCGCGAUCUCGAGGAGGCGGCGGACCAGAGAAUGCGGGCCGAGUUCGUGGAAGAGGACCUGCUCCUGGCGCGGCGGCAGCUGCAAUUUGCUCUGGAGGAGCAAGAGACGGCCCAGGCGCAGGUCGCGACAGCCCAGGCGCAGGUCGCGACAGCCCAGGCGCAGGUCGCGACAGCCCAGGAGCAGGUCGCGACAGCCCAGGAGCAGGAAGCAAUGGCGGUGAGGCGUCUCGCUCGGGCGGAGGAAUCGGGCGAUGCGAAAAAGGUGCAGGCGGCGAAGAAGGAGGUCCAGGAGGCGGAGAGGAAGGUGGAGAAGGCGAAGAAGGAGGUGGACAGGGCGAAGAAGGAGGUCCAGGAGGCGGAGAGGAAGGUGGAGAAGGCGAAGAAGGAGGUCAAGGAGGCGAAGGCAAGCGGCCGGACGAAGGAGUCCGAGGCGGAGCCACCCGACUCGAUAAAUCCAACAAUUGCUGAUGUCCUUACACUCCUCCGCGCCCGAUUUUGGAGACAGGCACGGAGCAGUUGGUGCGAGAGGUUGCUCGCGAAGAAGUUGAAGUUUGGAGCAGCCGACCAACUGCUUGCAACAGUUGGGGCCACAUGGGACUAUUGUGGGAAGGAGGUGCUCCGUGAAAGCAUGCAGAUCCCCAUCCAGAAGCUGCACGAGCAAAAGGGGAAGAACAGUGACAAACAGCUUCAUCCUUUGUUCAUCGCAUUUGCAGGCCCAGGGCAAGGCAAGUCCCGGUUGCUGACAGAGUUCCCGGGCCUGGUCGAGCAGUGCUUGCAGAAUGUGUCUGAAAGGCAGAAACUGAAAUUCAGCAAGCAAACGACGAGCUUCAUGAUCAGCUGCGAGAACGGCCUCUCUCCCGGGGACUGGGCCACGGAGGAGCUCAAUGCCCGACGCUUUGUGGCAUGCCGCAUGCUGUGGCAGCUGAGGAAUGCAAACAAGGAGGCUUUUCGGGAGGUCGGCGCUCCAACAGACUUCGCCGAAUUCCGCAUCCAAUGCCCUGCCGACCUCACACCCUCGCCUGUGCUUAAGUCUGUGCUGCGUGAUGAGCUCAAUCAUAGCACGGUGGUGAUCGGAGUCGACGGGAUGCAAGGUCUGCCUGGAUUUACUGACCGCAGUGAUGCUGCGGGCAAGGACCUGCCAUUCUAUCAGGUGAUGCAGGAGGUCUGCCGCCUCGUCAACCAAAUGGAAGGCCCCUUUGUCGUAGCCUGUGUGGCCGCUUUGCAAAAUGUGAAGAGUGGACUUGCUGGCAGUCCCCAGGCCCGAGUUUUUCUGGAGCUGCCACGCGUGACCGCCGUAACCCGCAACAAACAGCCGGUGCUGCCCGGCCACCGCCUAAAAGACCUUCUGAUCGAAGACAUGGGCGGGCAUGGCAGAGCUUUGGAGUGCCUUCUAGAGGCCUUGAUGGAGAUGCCCAACGCUGCAGCAACUGCCUUGGUGGGUGCAGUUAUGAGACAAUUGAGGCAGAAAUAUCCCGACGCCAUUCAGCUUGAGCCGGAGGCAGACCUCAAGGAACUGCUUCGCGCAGCUGUUUCAGGCAGAUGGAUUUCGUCUCGCGACACGGUCGGCAAUCUAGAUCCUGAGAAGGUGGAGCUUAUUCGCGUCAAGUUCAAGGACGGCGACCCCUCCCAGUGCUUGUACCGCAUCGACUUGCCCUACAUUUGGUUGCACUUGAUGCUGAGUUUGUCUAAGUUCUCUGACGAUUUGCAACCGUGGAACUUGAUGGACUACCACUUGUUUGAGUCAGAACCAACCUGGCAACAGUGGGAAGAAUUCAAUGCCAGGUUUCGAGUGUUGCGAGCGUCUGCGUUUGAGGAUGGACAAGUAGUUGACAUUGCCGAUCUACACAGGGGUGCAGUGAUCCAGCCUGACAGCUUGAAAAGCACCAAGGUCAUCAACCGGCAUCUGCAAUUUGCCAAAUCCGGGCACCAAUUGUUCUCGAGGUCCUCAUGCUGCGGCAAUCCCAAAGCUCGGACAAAUUUACCUAAGGGACUGGGAAUGCACCAGUGCGUAGUUGAAAUGACAAACCAAAGCCUUACAGUGACGUUGACUGACAAACGUGUUUUAGUGGUGAAUGCCGCCGGAGCUCCAGCUGCUGAUGCCUUUCUCAUGUUGGAAGAGGUGGGGGCAGGGGGCAACAAUCACACCAUCUCUGAAUGUUUGCAAUGCAAGAAGGGCGAGUCUCGAUUAGAAGUGGAGAUCGAGCUUGACAAAGCAUGCGACAAAGCUGACAUCCUGGUGCUUUUGCUGACAACGACAAAGACUGUGCCACACAGCGGCGGACAGCGCUUGAUCUUCGUAUCUGAAGCGCAGUACCAGGAGUACUUUGGCUUCUACGCUGGUAGAGCCUUCUAUCAAACCAGGGCGGCCAAACCUUGAAGGCUGAAUUGUUGCUGCUGUGCCAUUUCCUGGCCUAGAAUUGGAUCUCGGGGCUCAAAGAAUUGCGGAGCAUGAGG